UUUUUUUUGUUGUUGUUAAUUUAUGGAGUAUAUAUAUAUUUCUUUUGUUAUUUCUCAUUGUGUUCUUCUGGAUGUUAUGUUUUUGUUUUAUCUGUAAAUUUAUAACAAAAUUUGUAAUAUUACCUAUGUAAGUCUCUAGAAUACCAUUGUAGUAAUUCUUUUUUGCUGAUGGCCCAGGAGCCAAAGCUGAAUAAAUUAAAAAAAAAAACUAGUAUAGUGUGUGUGAUGAAUGUUUUCUAUUAAAAUUUUAGAAGAGGUUAUAAAUUUUAAUUAUCAGCAAAUACAGUAAGUAAUAUACCAGGUGAAAAUCAGUUUAAUACAGAAACUAACUAAGAAGGUAUAAAAUAAAAAUGUCAAAUGUGAAAAUUAAAGUCAUCAGCAGAAAUCCAGAAGAUUAUUUACGUGCCACGAAAAGAGAUAUCCACAAGCUUCCGAGAAACUAUGACCCAAGUCUUCAUCCUAUGGAGGCACCUCGAGAAUAUGUUAGAGCACUAAACGCUGUUAAAUUAGAGCGUGUUUUUGCCAAACCUUUUAUUGGAAACCUCGAUGGACACAGAGACGGGGUAUCUGCCUUGGCUAAGCAUCCAAGUAGAUUGGCUGUUUUAGCCAGUGGUGCAUUUGAUGGCGAAAUUAGAAUUUGGGACUUAGCACUUCGGAAAUGUACAAGAAACUUUGUUGCUCACGAGGGUUGGGUUCGUUCUCUUUGCUUCACACCGAAUGGCGAAACAUUUGUAAGUGUUGGGGAUGACAAAACAAUUAAAUCUUGGAAAGCUGAAAUCCAGACUCCUGAUGACGAGGAACCUAUAAACACAUUACUUAGUAUGUCCGUUGUAUCGGGUGUUACACAUCAUAAGUCAAAACCCUUAUUUGCAACAUGCGGAGAACAUUGCCAGCUGUGGGAAAAAACAAGAAGUGAACCCAUAAAAGUAUUUAAAUGGGGUGUGGACAGUCUUCAUCAUGUUGCUUUUAAUCUGGUAGAGGAGAACUUGCUAGCAGCAUGUGCAAGUGACAGAAGUAUAAUUUUGUAUGAUAGUAGAGAAUCAGGUCCUCUCAGAAAAGUGGUCAUGGAAUUGCGUUCAAAUAGUUUAGCCUGGAAUCCUAUGGAAGCAUUUAUAUUUACUGUAGCUAAUGAAGAUUACAAUUUGUACACAUUUGAUGUGAGAAAACUCAGCCAUCCUGUUAAUAUUCACGUGGAUCACACAUCAGCUGUUAUAGAUGUGGAUUAUGCUCCCACAGGGCGAGAAUUUGUAUCUGGGAGUUAUGACAAAUCUAUUAGGAUAUUUGAAAGUCUUAAAGGUCACUCCAGGGACGUUUACCACACAAAAAGGAUGCAGAGGCUAACAUGUGUAAAAUGGUCUUUAGACAAUAAGUAUAUAUUGUCAGGCUCUGAUGAAAUGAAUAUAAGAAUGUGGAAAGCUAGAGCUUCUGAAAAACUUGGUGUUCUCAAACCACGUGAGAGAACAGCAUUGAACUAUUCUGAAGCAUUGAAGGAGAAGUUUGCACAUCAUCCACAGAUAAGGCGUAUUUCUCGCCAUAGACAUGUUCCAAAACACAUUUAUAAUGCAAAGAAAGAACUUUGCACAAUCAAGGAAAAGAAUAAGAGAAAGGAGGCUAACAGACGCUCUCAUAGCAAACCAGGUGCUGUCCCAUAUGUCUCUGAACGAAACAAACAUAUUGUAAAGGAAGAUGAGUAAAUAAAUUUUAUAUCUA